AAUCGCGCGACGACAUACAACGUACUAUAGUGAGUAGUGACAGCAGCCGUCGAAGAAUCAGCGAGGGCUCGGUACUCGCGCACGCAGUCAUCGGAAAAUUGGAGCGACGGGCGGUACUGGAUUUCCUCAAAGGAUGUCGCUAUCGCCCAUCGGCGCGGGAUAGAGUUCUUAAGUCUUAACUGCGCUGCCGCGUUUGUGUGUGUGUUUGCUGCAGGAGUUGAGCUUGUUACGGGUCAAUUAAUUCGACACGCGGCUUGCCGCGUAUGUAACGCCGAUGCAGCGGCGUUACAGCGACAAAGAGGAGCUGCCGAAAGCAUCGAUCGCUAAAAAUACACCGAAUCCGUUUUAUAAACAUCCGAGAACACAUGCCAGCUUUUAAGUAUACACGCAAAGCGGCCACGCUCGCUCGAGGGAGAGAGCGAGGGAUAUAAUUUUAGAGUAUUAAGAAGCGAAGGAUGAAAAGAGAGGCUGCGUCUGAUACUUGUUACAGAGCCGCAUAAACUCGCGCGCGCGGCAGAGAGAGCAUGAGUAAAUACCGUUGACCGCAUUCGUUUUCGCGCGCUCAUCCGCCGCGUGCCGCUGCCGGUGACUCGGCGGGCUGAUUGUUUCACCAGCUCGUUUCUUUCCCGUUCACUGCAGUACACUGUCCCCGUCAUGUCGAGCAGCAGAGGCAAGGCCGGCUUCCUCGACAAGCUUGCGGGCCGGAGCAAGUCCGGCGGCAGGGCCGGCAACGACGAGACCAAGGACCAGCCGCCGACGAUCUUCAUCGAUUGCGAGGAUGAGGAGCAGAUCUGGAUGGACAACAUGGACUCGGACAGCAUCUCGUCGGAGGGCAGCUCGGGCUCGGCGGUCUGCCUCCGCCACCGGCCCAGCUCGCACCAGCAGCUCUGGGACAAGGAGGAGGUCAUCCUGUCGCUGACCAAUCUGCCGGCCGGCGAGGCCGCUCUCGCCGUCCUGCCGAGCCUCUGCGGCGAGCCCCUGGACCAAGUGGCCGACGAGAUCGGGGACAAGACCGUCUCGCAGUCGGCCGAUCUCUCGGCCCUCAUUCCGCGAUUCGCCAACGGAUGCAUAAGGAAAGCCUCGCUGAUAGCGGAGAACGAGUCGGCGCUAUCCUCGACGCCGGCGGACUUGAUAGCCAACUGGCCGAACACUUGCCUCCUGGUGGCCUGCUGGAUCGGCCACUCGGAGCUCGCGAAGCUCCUGCUGGACAAGGGGGCGCAGGUCAGCUAUCGCGAUGCGGACGGACGAACGGCGCUGCACCUGGCGGCGAGCAUCGGCUCGGUCAAGAUAACGGAGCUGCUCCUCAAGCACGGGGCGGACCCCUGCGAGUGGGACUUCAAUCGCAAGUGCACGGCGCUGCACUGCGCGGCCGCCGCCGGCGACGUCGACACCGUCCAGUGCCUCAUCCGGGCCGGGGCCGACGUCAACGCCGGCCUGUCCGGCAAGAGUCCGCUGCACUACGCCGUUCAGAACAACGCCGAGAGCUGCGUCGAGGCGCUGCUGCAAGCUGGAGCCUCGCCAAACAACCCGCAGGUGUACACGGAAACGCCGCUGCACGUGGCGGCGGGCCUCGGCUCGGAGGAGUGCAUGAAGCUGCUGCUCAGUCACGGGGCCGACGUGCGCGUGCAGUUCGGAGCCGCCCGCUCGACGCCGCUGCACCUGGCCGCGGAGGAGGGCAGCCCCGAGUGCACGAGGCUGCUGCUCGAGGCCGGCGCGCUGCCCGACGCGAACAACUCCCGGGGACAGACGGCGCUGCACCUGGCGGCGCUGGCCCAGUCCUCGGAGACUCUGGACAUCCUGAUAGCCGGCGGGGCCGACGUCAACGCCGAGGACGACAACGGCAGGAGCCCGCUGCACGCCGCCGUGGCCAAGGCCGUCAGGGGGAGCGAGCUCGUCCGAGCCCUCAUACAGGCGGGCGCCGUCGUCAACAGACCCGACAAGUUCGGCUACACUGCUCUGCACAUCGCGGCCCUGAACGAGAGCUCGCCCAUAGUCAUCCUGCUGCUGACGAAGGGCGCGGACGUCACGGCGAGGACGAAGGGAGGCGUGUCGGCCCUGAGCUUCAUCAUCCGAAGGACCCCGGACGUCCUGCCGCGCUUCGUCGGGCGCCUCGACCAGGCGAUCUCCCUGCACGACCACGAGCUCGGCGACGUCGACUGCGAGCUCCGGCUGGACUUCAGGCCCCUCGUCCCAGGCGGCCGUGGCGAGAGCGACCUGAUGCUCUGCCUCGUCGAUGUCGGCCAGCGGCAUGUCCUCAAGCACCCGCUCUGCGAGAGCUUUCUGCACCUCAAGUGGCUCAAGAUCCGGAAGUUCUUCCUCUUCAGUCUGAUAUUCCACUCGAUAUUCGUGGCCAUCUUCACGGGCUACAUCGCUUGCACCUUUCUCUGGCAGCUGCCGAAGCUCGGUGGCGUUCUCUUCUGGUUCGUCCUGCUCUUCACCGUGCUGCUCGCCUCGAAAGAGAUUUUCCAAGUGGCCCACGGCAUCUGGGUCUACGCAAAGGGCUGGGAGAACGCGCUCCAGUGGAGCGUCAUCCUCACUUCCGGCAUGGUCCUGAUCAAGCCGGUCGCCGACUGGCAGCAUCACGUCGCCGCCGUCGGCAUCCUCCUCGUCUGGGUCGAGCUCAUGAUGAUAGUUGGUAGGUUUCCAACGUUUGGACUCUACGUCCAGAUGUUCACGCAGGUGGCCAUUAAUUUCUUCAAGUUCCUCGGAGCCUACUUGUGCCUCAUCGUCGGCUUCUCGCUCGGCUUCAGCGUCAUGCACAAGAACUACAAGUCCUUUCAGAAUCCACUGGUCGGGCUGCUCAAGACCAUCAUAAUGCUAUCCGGAGAGCUCGAGUUCGAGGACGUAUUUUUCGACGAAGCGGCGCCGGUACUUUACGCCGGCACCUCCCAUCUCAUGUGGCUGGCCUUCGUCAUACUCGUCACGGUCAUUCUGGCCAAUCUGAUGAUGGGUUUGGCAGUCUCGGACAUCCAGGAACUGCGCCAGUGCGCCGGCCUCGACAGACUGAUCAGGCGAGCCGAGCUAGUUGCCCAUCUGGAGAGUCUACUCUUCUCCAAACUGCUCGAUUACGCGCCGAGGAGAAUCGUCAAGGCCUGCAGAAGUAGCGCGCUGCUGCUGCAUUUGCCGCACCACUGCGCGAUACACAUUCGGCCGAACGAUCCUAGGGAAAAAAGAUUGCCCAGAGAACUGAUUAAAUCGAUCUAUCGGCUCGUGAGCGAGAGGAAAACGAAAAGUAAAUCUUGCGGAAACAACGCCUCCAUUCGCAGUUUGAACGGGAACGGAUACAGCUCCCACAGACUGAGCCGACUCUACAGCAACUCGUCAUUCAGUGAAUUCAACAGGCAGCAGCUCAGUGACUUAGCCAUGGAAUUGAAGAAAUGCUCUUUGACAAUAGGUGCGAGGCUCAACGCGUUAACUUCGAAAGUGGAAGCUAUCGCUAAAGAAAUAGACGUGGCGACCCAAUUGCAGGAAUGAAAGAACUUGUCGACCGUUUCGAGUUAUUUUGAUAAUAUAUCCCUAAGCAAUUCAAACAUUCUAUUUACUUCUGGACAAUGUUCCACUUAUCAAUAUGUUUGCCAUGCUAUAUUAUUAACUAAUUAUACUUUAGCCUAAGAUUUCCUAACAGCAAGAGAACUUACCAAUAACUUUGCUCUAAAGCUCUCCCCAUUCUGCAAGUGUAUGCUUGGAUUGAUUCCUGGUAUAUCUGAUAGAACGACAUCUUCUACUUUUGCAUUAUUGAUGACCUUUACAGAUUUUCUCUCUGACAGCACUGUAUCAACUGCAUGCAGAAGUACAUCAUUUUCAACAAUGUAUGCCAGUUCAUCCGCGAGGUGAUCUUCGUUGAACGUUAUCAUGGCAUCGGAGCAGGCAUCCCAUACCUAUGAAACAAAUGAGGAUGUGAGCAAAAUUGUUUGAAUUCUUUUCUCAGCGCCAAAAUAAAAUAUGGAAAGACAAUAUGUUUUUGCUAAUGAAUAUUUUUAUACAAAAAUAUUAAAUAAACAUUUUUCACUCUAUA